UGUGUGAUUGUGUCUGUGUGUCUACUUGCAUCAUUCCUUAAAGUUAUCAUCAAAUCAUAUUACAAGAGUAUAUAUAUUAUCUCAAGUCAUGUAUAUAAUAGUCAUUGGAGAUUGGAGUACUUCAUAAAAAGAGAAAAAAAAUACAUUUAUUACUUAACAAAUAGAAAGAACAAAAGUGAAGUAAUUUAAGUUGAAUGACACCUCUAAAAUUACAUAUUAAAGUCAUACGAAUUUGUGUUGUGAAAAAUGGCUAGGUUUUGAAGGACCAUCAUAAUAUUUGUCAAGAAUCCCAUUUGUUAUUUUAGAGGAUGGGAGAGAAUCCCUUGACUUCUUACCUCCUCCCUAUACUACUUUCAAAAACCAAAAAAAAAAAAAAAAAAAAAAAAAAAAAACAUUUUAGGGUUAGAUCACCAAAUGCCAUUGAGAACUUUAAUAAUUCAUCAAAUGUCACCGAGUUUAAAUUAAAUUUACCGGGUGCCAUUAAUGACCAACGAACAUUAACUCCGCUAGUCAUUAAGGCUUAAUCAUGACAUAUGUCAUGAUAUAUAUGAUUGGUAUAUUUAAAAAAUCUAACAAAAAGAAAAAAGAAUUUUUUUAAAAAAAAAUUCUAAACCCUAACCCAGCCCCACCACCACCACUGCCGCUAUCGGCAGCCCAACCCAGCCGUCGGUACUCCCGGCCUCACCUCCACCGUCGAAACCAUCCUAACCACCCCCUUAAAUCCUAUAUCCUCCACCCUUGAAACGACGAAAUCGUCCAUAAAAAUCGACCAUUCUUCCAUGGCUGAUUUAGGCCGUUUGAGGGUGAAGGGUUUCCAUGGUCGGGUUCUAUUCUAGGUCUUCAUGGUCGGUUUCGGUGGCUACAGUGAUGCGUCGAGUUGGUGCGUGAGGUGGUUGUGGGGGCUGGGGUGGGGAUUAGGACGGGGGUUGUCAGGCAGGCGGAGUUCUGUGGGUCGUCAUCUGGGUGCUGGAGUAGGGCAGACGGAGUUAUGGGCAUUGCGUGAGACGGUUGCGGUGGCUGGGGUGGUUUUUUUGGGAUGAGGAAAGGAAGAUUUAGUGGAGUUGGUGGUUUUGGUGGGUCAAGGGGUUUUUGAGGGAGGUAAGGGGGUUUCGGCAGGUUCCAACAGGAGGUUAGGGGGUUUCGGCAGAAGGUUAAGGAGUUCCGACGGUUGGCUUAGGGCCUCGGUUGGCUAUGGAAGGUGGUUACGGUGGUGGGGCUGGGUUGGGUUAGGAUUUAGAAUAUUUUUUUUUAAUUUUUUUUUUAUUUUCCUUUUUUUAAAAAAAACAAAUAACUGACUGAUAUGUGUCUACAUGUGUCAUGAUUAAGCCCUAAUAACUAACGAAAUUAACGGCCAUUAGUCAUUAAUGACACUUGGUGAAUUUUUUAAAACUCGGUGCCAUUUUAGGAAUUUUGAAAACCUUGAUGGCAUUGGUGAAUUAUUAAAGUGCUUAUUGACCUUGGGUGAAAUAACCGUUGUUAAUAAGACCAAAAUGGGCCGAACCGGAUUAAAAUUUCUUUGUUAAUAAUAACGGGCCAAGUAUAUAGUCUGCCCCAGUCCCAACAUCGUUAGUUUGAACUUCCAACUCCCACACACAGAGCCAUAAUUAUAAAGCGUAUCUUUGUAUUCGACUGGGGUUCUCAAAUUCUCAUUGAAUCAAAUAAUUAAUUUAAUUAAAGAUUAAUUACUCGAUGGCCACCACAAAAUUGCGGAAACUUGAUGCAUUGAAGAGAUGUAAAAGAAUGGUAGCGGAGGAUCGGAUUAGUGAUAUGCCAGAUGAAAUCCUCUGUCAUAUAUUGACACGGUUGACACUCAAGGAAGCAAUAGCAACUGGCGUCCUUUCAGAGAGAUGGAAAAACUUGUGGGCUUCCUGCCCUAAUCUCAACUUUGGAUGUUUGAAACUAUUAAAAAUGGGCGAACGAACGUAUGUGCGAUGCAUUGAUAAUAUUUUACGACAAUAUAAUGCUCAAAAUUUGCAUAAAUUUAGGAUUGUACGUCCGUCAGACAUUAGUGGGCAAUAUCUUGAUGAAUGGAUUUCCUUUGCAAUUAAUCAUGGUGUUUGUGAGCUCGACUUAAACUUAAACGUAUCUUUUAUUCCUGGUUAUUCCAAUAACUAUUAUUUUCCUGCUCAUUUUUUUGCUUCUCCUAAUGUCUUUGAGUCUCUAACAGAUCUCUGCCUAAGAACUGUAAACCUCACAGAUGAUGUUUUUAACUUGAUUUUAUCUAGCUGUUUUUCUCUUGAAAGAUUUAUUUUGGAGUUUAGUUAUGGGCUGGUAAAUGCAAUAAAUACAGCUCCUCACCCAAACCUGAAAUCACUCGAGUUGUACUGCUGUCAUCACCUACAAUAUCUGCAAGUUUUUGCCCCAAAUCUUAUAUCAUUCAAGUAUGAUGGAAAUAUAACAACUCUCUCUAUUAAGGAUGCUAAGCAGCUUGCUUCUCUAAGGCUAUCAAUUUUUCCAGUCUAUAAAUCAACUGUGAUCUUGCCCAGAGCAAAAAACUUCGUUUUCACUCAGUUCUCUUCUCAUUUUGCAAAUCUUAAAUCUUUGGUUAUUUCAGCUCAUCUCUUCAAGGACAUGAGUGAUUUUACGGAACUUUGUGUUUUUAGUAAUCUAAAACGACUGGAGGUUGAUGUUAAAUUUACUUGGGUGACCUACCUGGCCUACAGUGUCGUUGCUUCCAUAAUCAGGGGAGCCCCUUUAUUGGAGCUACUUGAGAUAGUCCUCCCACCAUUUAUUCCUACAUGGCAGGAAUACCCUGCACUAGAAUUGGCUUCUAUGUCUCCGCACCAGAAUCUAAAGGAGGUCAAAUUAUUUGGCUUUCGAGGUGAUAAAAAAACCAUGGAAUUUCUUUCCUAUCUUUCUAAGAACACUGUUUCUCUUCAGAAGAUCAAUAUUACUGCUCGUUUUGCUAUAAGGCAUGGAGAAGAUCUGACAGUUGAUAAUACAUUACAUUGGAAAAUUGAUGCUGCUGAACAUGCUAAGAAUUGUGUGGUGCAGCUUAGACAAACAAUGCACGGAAAUACCCAGCUGCUGUUUCAUGAUGGGUGACUACUAGUUCAGAACUUCAGAAGAAGUGUGUUGUGGCCUGUGGUAUGACCCAAGUGUUGCUCUGGGUUUUUAGUGUUUGUAAUUUUGUUUUCUCUCAGAUAUUUAUCAAAUAGAUUAUUCCUGAGCUAUACUUGGGUUUUGAAAUGUAUAGUAUUUGAAUUAUAAAAGACUUUAGGAAAAUGUAACUUAAUGUGCAAUUAUAAUAAGGAUUUUGCUAAUUUAAAA